AUGAACGGUGCCGGUAGCCCUUACGGCCAGCCGCCCGCGGCGUGGCAGGAGCACCGCACGCCCGACGGCAGAGCCUAUUACUACAACCCUGCGACCAAAGUCACGCAAUGGACCAAGCCAGAGGAUAUGAUGACGCCGGCUGAGAGAGCCCUAGCCAAUCAGCCAUGGAAGGAGUAUACUGCGGAAGGCGGUCGCAAGUACUGGUACAACACGGAAACGAAGACAAGCUCGUGGGAGAUGCCCGAAGCCUAUAAGAAGGCUCUGGGGGCUACCAGCGGCCCGGCUGCCCCUGCGUAUGGCUCAUACCUGCCCUCUCUCGCUUUCCAAGCUAACAAAUACAGUCCUACGGCGCAGUAUGACCGAGGAACACCCUCUGGCGGGUAUUCCAACUCCGGAUACGACUCUUAUCGCGGUGGCGAUCAUCGUGAAACUUUCCCCGAGUCGCGUCAGUUAACAUACGGCAAUGACACGAACGCCAAGGCCUUUGUACCUGCUAGCAACGAGCCCGAAUAUGCCACACAAGAGGAAGCCGAAGCUGCUUUCACCAAGCUGCUUAAGCGUAGCGGCGUCCAGGCUGACUGGACCUGGGAGCAGACAUUGCGCACAAUUGCAAAGGACCCCCAGUACAGAGCUAUCAAGGACCCGAAGGAUCGCAAAGCGGCGUUCGAGAAGUACUGUCAUGACAUGAUCGUUCAAGACAAGGAGCGCGCAAAGGAGAGACUGACCAAGCUGCGUACUGACUUCGAAACUAUGCUCAAGCGCCACCCCGAGAUCAAGCACUACACAAGGUGGAAGACCGCACGACCCAUGAUUGAGGGCGAGACUAUUUUCAGGUCUACCAAUAACGAAUCCGAGCGCCGCCAGCUCUUUGAGGAGUACAUUGUCGAACUCAAGAAGGCGCACAUGGAGAACCAGGCGGCUAUGCGCAAGACCGCUAUGGACGGUUUGAUCGAUCUUCUGCCGAAACUUAACCUCGAGCCUUACACGCGCUGGUCCGAUGCCCAGAGCCUCAUUUCUUCGACGGCUCCUUUCCAGAAUGAUGAGAAGUACAAGACCCUAAGCAAGUUUGACAUCUUGAUUGCGUUCCAAAACCAUAUGAAGGCACUAGAACGUGCUUUCAACGACUCUAAGCAAGAGCAGAAGAACAAGAAAUUCCGCAAGGAGCGCAAGGCUCGUGAUGCCUUCAUCUCGCUCCUGAAUGAGCUCCGGAAGGACGGGAAAAUCAAUGCUGGCACAAAGUGGCGCCAGAUUUAUCCCCUAAUUGAGAGCGACGAGCGGUACAGGAAUAUGGCUGGCCAAGGAGGUUCGACCCCUCAAGAACUCUUUUGGGACCUUGUUGAAGAAGAAGAGAAGGCCAUCCGCGGGCCUAGAAACGAUGUCCUCGAUGUCCUCGAUGAUGAGCAGUUUGAUGUCACCCCCAAGACCACUUUUGAGGAGUUCCAUGCUGUUGUUAAGAAGAAUCGCCGAACUGCUAACAUUGAUCGUGACACGCUCAUGGUAAUUUUGGAACGGAUAAAGGAGAAGCGGUCUUCCAGGCGAUCAGACGAGGAACGACAGUCUGAGCGACAGCAACGAAGAGCUGUUGAUGAUCUUCGAGCUUACUUGAAACGUAUGGAUCCCCCCAUCACCUUGGAUGACACGUACGAGAAGCUCAAAUCUCGCCUUGCGGAAAUUCCUGCCUUCCAGGCAGUCACAUCUGAAGAUGCUCGCAUUGCCGCCUUCGACAGGCACAUGAGGAGACUCCGCGAAAAGGAGGAAGAGGCCGACCGUGACCGGAGACGCCGGCGUGGCCGUGAAUCAAGCGAGCGCGACUUGUACCGCGAGAGACCGCGAUCUAGAGGUGAGCGAUCUCAUCGUAGUAGUGGCCGUGCUGCUAGGCGAAGCCGUAGCCCCGAACCAGAUGCGUAUGAGGCGGACAGGCGGAAAGCCAUUGCAGAGCGAGAACGCAACCACCGCAAAUCAACUAUGGCCGAGAGCCUUCUUUCGGAUCGCGAACGCCGUUUGUCACCUCCUCCUCGCCGCGAGAGGGAACGUGAACGGGACAGUAACCGCGAGCGCGACCGUGAUCGUGACCGUGACCGUGAGCGCGACCGUGAACGUGAACGUGAUCGCGACCGUGACUACGACCGGCACCGAUCCCGUCGCGACGAUGACAGUCACUACGACCGCGAGAGAAGAGAUAGGGAAGAGGAGCGCGAGAGGCUUUAUAGGCGGCGCAUGGGCUCUUACGACGAGCUCCCUUAUGGGGACGAGCGCCCGUCUGGCUCUCGACGCCGUCGUGAAGAGGAUGAAGAUGAGCGUCGGGAAUCUAGGGACUCCAAGAGAGUAAAAAGAGAGAAAACACCCCGUGAGCGUACCCCCCAACGUGAUACACGUCACAAGAACAGGACUCCUCCGCCGGCACCGGCGCCGGCGCCGGCGCCAGCUGCCAAUAAGGAUGACACUGGUAUUCACUCGGGAUCUGAGGAGGGAGAGAUCGAGGAAGAUUGA